AGCUUUCUCGCUGCUAGUUACUACUCCAAAUUCACAUUACGACUUCUCUGUGUUAAUUUUCUUUUGGUUUUUUUGGUUUGGAACGAUCAUAAAAAGAAUCAAUGGAGGACCAAACAAGAACACAUCACGAGAUGAUAAGCCGAGACAGUACACAAGCCCAUCCGAAGGCGAGGCAGAUGGUGAAGGCAGCAACCGCGGUCACAGCCGGUGGAUCACUACUAGUCCUUUCCGGCUUAACACUAGCCGGAACAGUCAUCGCACUCACAGUAGCUACUCCGUUGCUCGUCAUCUUUAGCCCUGUCUUGGUUCCGGCAGUAAUAACCGUCACUCUCAUCAUCACUGGAUUCCUCGCCUCUGGUGGCUUUGGCAUAGCCGCCAUUACCGCUUUCUCUUGGCUAUACAGGCACAUGACGGGGUCAGGAUCUGACAAGAUAGAGAAUGCUCGGAUGAAGGUGGGGAGCAGAACGCAGGAUACCAAGUUUGGGCAACACAACAUUGGAGUCCACCAACAACAAACACAACAUGCUUCUUAAAAUUUGAAGGAUUAAAAUCUAUUUCCACAUUUACAUUUGUCAUUCAUCGUUUGAUCUCGUCUCUUUGUGUUUUUUUGUUUUUUGUUUUUCCAACGUUUGUGUUGUAAUGUGUGACAAUAACAUGCAAUGUAUGCUGUAAUCCCUUCUUUUUUUUUUUAACUUUUGCUGUGUGAGAGUCAGAGACUCAGAGUAUAAUGUUUUGAUCCUUAUAUGUUUUGUUAUAUAGAGAGUAUGGUGUUAUAUACGUCGA